AUGCGUCCCGACGCCGUUUCCGUUCUCGCAGCCUUCCUCGCUGUAGGAGGUCUCCAGCUCGUUGUGGCUCAAGAUACGCCUGAAGCGCACGUUCAGCGGCCGCGCUGGUACUUCCCGCAGGAAGUCAAGCGAACAAUCCGCAGGAACGCCGAGCCCGACCCUGGCUCGAUCCUCGACGGUCUAUUCGACAACUCGAAAAACACCCAGGUUUCUUCCACGGCUACUACCACCCCCGAAAACUCUAUCGCCGCUCAGCCCCAGAAGGGACAGGAAGUCGUCGUCGUAACCAUCUCGGUCGACCCCAAGAACCCUGAGAUCACCCACCGUAUCACUGGUACUACGAUCAUUGGCGGUGAACCGACUGGUACCACUACUACGACUACACAGAAGACAGAGGGCUCGAGCACAGAGGUCACCAGUAAAAAGAGCUCCGAGGCCCCAUCUGCCGAUGCGGAAACCACACGAAAGCAGGGAUCGGUGGUCGACUCAGCAGUCAAGGCUUCGACUACGCCUGCUCCGACUAAAGCCUCUAGCGACAGUGCCAUUGGUGAUCUGACCUCAGGUUUGGACAACCUCUUUGGGAGUGAUUCCACAUCUUCGACUGCGACCACCACCUCCGACUCAUCGACUAAGACAACCUCGCCCGCUUCUACUCCUGUUGUAUCCUCUAGCUCAGGUCUCUUUGAUGACUUGAGCUCAGGAUUGAACGGUCUUGCCGGGGAAUCCACAACUAGCAGCUCCGCCUCUGCGACAUCCACGGGCCCGUCUAGCGCCAACAAGAUCAGCAGCGCAUCCUCGAGUGCAGCGUCGAGCAUGACAAGCUCAGGGUCGGAUCUCCUUGACCUUUUGGGCCUAGGUGACAAGUCUUCCACCGGCAAUAGCACAAGUGCUACCGUAUCCUCGAGCGCUUCUAGUUCGCCUACCAUUCCAGUCAGCGUGCCUGCUUCCGCUACUAGCUCGCUGUCGACCGCCCCCACUAGAACUGCGACAUCAACUUCUGGUGAUUUCGUCGGCAGUUUCAUUUCAAGCGUGGAUUCCCUGAUCGGUGCCACCUCUACUAGCACUGGCAGCACUGCUUUGAUUUCGAGUGCGUCCAUGUCGGGUGGUAGUCUUGUGCCGCCUAAGUCGACCGGUCUCAUUCCUGGCCCGACAGGUACCAACACUGGUGUCAUCCCCACCCCAACCAGCACACUUGGAUCAAUUCCCGUCCCGCACUCGCACAGCUCGGAGUCUACCUCUACAUCUGGAUCUGAAACUGUCUCUGGUUCUACCACUGCCUCGGCUCCUUUGUUCGGCACUACCACUACCUCUGCUUCCGGUAGUGGUUAUUACGAGAGCUCCAAGGUUCCCAUGUCCACCUCUCACCCAGCCUCAGCCCCUCAUCCAUUGUCGACUUCGACGAUUUCGACGACCUCGACGAGCGAAGAAGUGAGCACGGCCAAGCCCACUGUGGAGCCUGAGACCCUGACCUCGACCCUGACGCCCCACACCUCCAAUGACAACGACUGGAUGCCAUCGACGAUCCUUAUCAUGCCUACCGUGACCGCCACCCAGAGCUCGACCUCCGGCGAGUCUGCGAAGCCCACGGCACCGUCGCUCCCUGGCUCUAUUACCCCAUCGAACGAGGUGUCCGAGCCUCCUCCCGACUCUAUUUUGCUCCAGCUUGGUUUCAACAGGCAGCUGCCGUGGUCAUUUGUUGCACAGACUCCCUUGUCCUCGACGCAAAUCUUCAACUACACCCCCCAGGCUAUUGAGAACGCUUUGCCAGCGCUCUCUGCUAAGGACGGCCCAGUUAUGUUUGCUAUUGAGCCUUACUACAACUGGAAGACCACUGGCUAUAACGACACGGCAUAUAACGCCACUAUUGCUAUCUUCUAUUUCCCUCGUGAUAAGGUCGACGCUCUGCAAGCACUCAAGGUUAACCCCAACUCUGCUCUCUACAAUCAGCCUAGCGAAUCCAUCGCGUCAUUGAUGGCAAUGGUUGACCCCACAAUUCCUCUCGAGUUCUCUGGAAACUACCCUAGUGGUAACAGCGACUCGACUGACGGUAACAACCACGACGGCAAUGAUGAUGGCCCAGAUAGUGGCAACAACGAGAACACUGAUGGCUCUGCCGGCAGCUCCAAGGCUAAAGCUAGCUCUGUCGGAAUCGGAGUCGGUGUUGUGGCCGGUGCUGCCGCUUACGGUGCGGGUAUGUUCUGGGUUGCCCGCCGCUACCGCAAGAGAAAACAGCUGCACCAGCGCUCUAGUUCGACUGUUGAGCAGAUGAGCCAGGGAGGUUCCGCUGCUGGUUCGAUGUUCGCUGCUGGUGGCCGUGUCCCUAGCCAUGGUAGCCGUGGAACUGCUCGUUCGCAGAUGAUCAGUGCUCCCGUUAUGGCGGAGAACUCUUUGGGAUGGAACUAG